CGGGAGCUGUUCAAAGUGGUGUGGUGCUGAAGAGACAACUCUCCCGGCCGCUCAUUCAGGCAGCCAGACGCCCGCACGCUCGUUCGCUCGCUCGGCUCUGGGUCGGUUGUUCCGCGGACAGCAGCUGGUCCGGGGACGCUGGAUUUCACCGCCUUGAAGAGCGUUCAUUAGCGCUCGGUGCAGGAGGACAGAGAAGGAGGAGAAGCCCAUGUGGGAGCGAUUUCCAACAAAUCCUGGUGCUCUGUUGGAUCCAAUCGAAAGAGCAUUAAUCUCCCCACAGGUUUGGAGGAAAUGCUGAUGUUGAGUGGAUACCCCCUCCAGAGGUGGCUUGAGUCCUCGCAAUCAUAGAUCCGUCAUCAAGGGAAUAGCUUUCAUCAUGGCAACUGCCUACCUCGAGACUGCACUCCUUGACCCCUCCUGUGGAGGGUGUAAUUACUGAGGGAGGGGCAGCGAGACUGAGAUAAGCUUUCCUGUGAAGAUAGAAAUCAUCCAAACCAUGUAGUGUUCCUUUCUCCAAGGAAUGGGGGAGGGUCUACAUUUGAGUCUGAUCUUUUUUCAUUUAUUUCUGCUUAUGUAAUCAGUGGAAGAGAUUUUGUGAUUGAUUAUAGUGUAUGUGGGCGUGCAAGGUGAGGAGAAAGUGACAGACAGAAAGAGAGAGAAGAAGGAAAGAGAUGGUCCUCCACAUCACCCCGUAUUCCAGUGCCUGUCUGCACUUCUUGGAUGGCUUGUCGUGGAGCCUGGUGUUUCCCUGUUACUGGUUCCUGGACCGGCUCCUGGCCUCCUGUGUGGCCACCUCGCUGGAGAAGCGACAGCGCUCCCAGGACCCCUGCUCCUUCCUCACGUUAUGUGUGCUGAUCUCCGCACCCCUUUACCUGCUCCUCCUCCUCGCCUCCUUGCCCUUUGCUCUGCUGGGCUUCAUCAUCUGGGCUCCCCUGCAGGCGAUCCGCCAGCCCUACCUUUACACCUACUGCAGGCCAGACAAACACCAGGCUGAACAAGGUCAAGCAGGUGCUGGAAUUGGGGAAUGGAGGCCACAGGGCAGAAGCUUCUGUUUCUGCAGUGCCAAUGUUUGCCUUCUGCCCGACUCCCUAGCAAGGUUCAACAACCUGUCAGACACCCACCGGAGAGCACGGGAGGUAGGGAAGAGGAUCCGCAAUGGUGCCAGCCGACCUCAGAUUAAAAUCUACAUUGACUCACCUACCAACACUUCUAUCAGUGCGGCGUCCUUCAGCAGCCUUGCUACAGGUUUCCGUCGUACCUCAUCGUUGGACCAACGUCCAGACCAAACACACACAACCAAUGGCCCAGCCGACACCGAAACUGAACCUGCCACCGAGUGCCCGAUUCACCCCUCAGGUGCCACUGACUGCCCCGUUCACCCCUCUGUGAAUGACCAGGGCUCUGCUGAAUGCCCUGUGCACCCUGAUGGGGCAGACACUACAGCAGACUGCCCCCUCCACCAAGGGGGGACUAAAAGCAGCUCAGACUGUCCCAUUCACACCUCAGGGGAGGCUGCAGACUGCCCCGUGCAUUCCACAGUAGCUCAGAGUGCUCCUGGUCAUCAUGACUGUCCCAUGCAUGGGGAUGGGACCCAGCCAAAACCCUCAACAGACUGUCCGCUUCACAUCUCAGGGGUUCAAAUUAGCAUCAGUGCUCCAGAGCCGGACCCCCAGGAAGAGGAGGCGGAGACAGGGAACCACCGGCCCGGAGAGCACGGAGGGGCAGACACGGGCAGCAUGACUGCUUCUCGUGAGUCCCUUGCUCGUUACCAUGGAAGUGAUGGCGGGAUAGGGAUAUCCUCCAACAAUACUCUCUCUCAUGUCCCACGCACAUCAAUAUUCAAGCGCCCAGGACGAAAACGCCGCCAUGGAGAUGAAACGUUCGACCAUGAGAUCUCUGCCUUUUUCCCUGCCAACUUGGAUUUCCUGGCUCUACAGGAGGUAUUUGACCAUGGAUCGACCACUAGACUACGGCGCCAGCUGCAUCGCUAUUUUCCCUACAUCCUGAGUGAUGUUGGGCGGUAUGGCUGGAAAGGCUGCUGCUCCAGGUUCAAAUUCCUGAACAGUGGGCUCAUGCUGGCAAGCCGCUACCCUAUCCUGGAUGCACGAUACGAGUGCUACCCCAAUGGCAGAGGGGAAGAUGCACUGGCAGCCAAGGGGGCGCUGUUUGCCAAGGUUCACGUGGGCACCUCACACCAAGAGCAGAGGGUGGUGGGAUAUGUCACAUGUACGCAUCUCCACGCCAUAGAAGGUGAUGCAUCAGUACGGUGUGAGCAGCUGGACCUGUUACUUCAGUGGGGGGCAGAGUUUCGCCAGUCAUCAUCCAUACCACCAGAAGGAGAGAAGGUGCUGGAAGACCUGGUGGCCUUUGACGUCAUCCUGGGAGACCUCAACUUUGACAACUGCUCUUCAGAGGACAAGCUGGAGCAGCAGCACGCACUUUUUACUCAAUACAAGGACCCAUGUCGCCUGGGGCCAGGGGAGGACAAACCAUGGGCUCUGGGUACUCUGCUGGAUCCCAGUGGCCUUUAUGAUGAAGAUGUCAGUUCACCGGAAAGUUUACAAAAACUUAUGGAGAACGAGGAGGGAAGGAAGGAGUACCUGGUGUUUCCUCCCAGUAAGAGCCAGUGUCCUGCCAGCAGUCAGAAGGGAAGGAAAAUCCCGCUGAAGGGCAAUGGACGCCGUAUUGACUACAUCCUUUACAGCGACGAGGGCCUCCAACAGGACUGGAAACUGGAAAUCGAGGAGUUCAGCUUCGUCACCCAGCUGGCCGGCCUUACCGACCACCUGUCUGUGGCCAUGCGAUUGGCUGUUUCCACUGGGGAAGAGGAGCCUUAGACUCAUCACCUGAGCUUUUUAUUUAAAUACUGCCAUGGAGGAACAGCCGUCAGCCAGGAUGAGAAGAAGAUGUUACAGAUAAGGAGGUGCUCAAGGAAAGAUUGAUGGGGCAGCAAAUAGAUGGAUGAAUGAACGAAGGAGGAUUAAUGAAGGUAGAGAAGAGGACCACCUGAGGGGAGAUAUGAAGAGAGUGAGAGACUCUGAGCGGGAGAGAUAAGCAGGGGAAUUCAGUUUAGGAAACCAGAAAGAUUUUCAUCUUCCUGGGUAAAUCACCCACUCAGUCACACACAUUAAAUACAGCACCACCCACAAGAGAUCGACUUCUUGACUGUUGAGUAUCGCCUGGCCUCUCCUCCAACGCUCCCUCUGGAACUGAGUCCAAAGGGUUUUAUUUUCAGUGAAUGGUUUCAUGUAGCCAAUACACACACUCCUUUUAUCAGAUCUGUUUUAGCCGUAGUGUUAGUAUGAUUUCUUUUUUUAAUUAUAAUUAUUGUUAUUAUUAUUCUACCUUCAGGGACAGUUGGAUCCUCAUUUGUUUAGUGACUGUGUAUUAAAGGAAAACACAUUAUUGGAGCUACAGACUGGCCUUUAUACUGACCGUCUGUGUCUUUGUGUCGUGUUCCUUGCUGAAAGGCUUUUGGUCAGUUAUUCACCUUACUGCUCUCACAGUCAGUCCCAGGAACCUCAACAAGUGUCUUUUCUUUUCUAAAAAAAACAAGUCUUUCUAAAAGGAUGAAAUCAAUGUACAAUUUCUAUUGUGGCCGCACCAAUUUUUAUAAGGAGUUGAAAUGCCUGUUUAAUAUUAUAUGGUAUGUUUCUAUAAAAAGGUAUUGUAUAAAGGGACAUGAAAUUGGAGGGAAAGCGUUGUCGGUUGAAUGCGAUGCGACCCUACAGCAUGUUUUCUCAGCCAUGUUUGGUGAAACAAUUGGUGAGGCUUUGCUGAUGCAUGAUGGGAAAUGGUGUUAGUUUACAACAUUCAUAUAAAGGCUUGACACAUACUUAUACGAGUCUGGAUGCCUCGAGGGGCAUUUCGGCUCUCAAACACACACCUGCGCGUCUGUGUGGCAUUUGUGCAUGCUACUGCUAAUAACACACAUACAGAGGAUUUACCUAAUGCAGGCACACAGCUACACACAUGACAUAAGGAGGGCUUUCAGUGGAUGUAAUAAACCCUCUGGCAGCCAAAUUGGACCUCUUCACGUGUCCGACACGGGACAUGGCGAUCUUUUUGAGAGACUAGAUAUUGUCAACUUGUUAGCAAACAAACCGCAGUAGCUAUCUGGUUGACAAACCAUCACUGUAUUGUGAGCACGUCUGUUUGGUUCACUCAGUAAAGUCCAGCAUGAAGCCCAGUUAUUAGCGCAGCAAGUUGUCCAGUGGAUUAUUACGUUGACAGCCAUAUUGCGACGCAACUGCAAAACCUCAUUGUUCUGUAACAUUUUAAACACCUACAGGCUGUGCAAUAUGCCACGUAAACUCAAUAUAAAGUUCAAAGAGUCCCAAAGAUUAGCACAGACCGCCCAAGAAGACACAGAAUUCAGAUUUUAUUGCAUCAAACACUUCUUUUUUCACUUUUUUCACAAAUAUCUUUAAAUAACAAAAACUAUCCUGGUUUUUUACAAUGUAUCCGAUAUUUUAAAAAAAGAAAGAAAGCAGGACAUGUUCUGGUUUUUUGUUGUUGUUGUUGUUGUUUGUUUUUAUUGCAGCACAAAUUCCUGGGAAUGAUUUGCCAGUAAAUGUUCUAUAAUUUCCUGGAUUUCAUUUUUCUUUUAAAAUGGAGAAGUGUAGAAGUGAAAAAAACAAAACAUGACUGAAGGUGUGUUCAGACUGAAAGCCCAGUAACUCCAUUUGAGACUUUUUCUCUUUAACGA